GUAUGCCCUACAAACAAAACCGUAUGGAAAUUGCAUUUUCUUCGGCACAAAACGUUCCGCACUUGUUAUGGUAGCUUCUUGUCUUUUCAAUGGAAUCGCUGACAUAGCAAAGGCUUCAAACAGCACUGAAAGGUUUCAAUCGACCGCACAAGGGUUUCUUUGGCCUUUAGUUAUCGCACAGCACCCAGCACACAACGAUCAACAUUCGCAAUCGAUUCGCGAGGUUAUAACUGCAGAAUGCACUAAGGCUGCAACACAAUAAAGGCUUUUACUUGAUUUAACAUAUUAAAAUAACUGCUAGAACGUGUGUUUAUCAACGCACAAACGAAACCUUAUCUAUUUUCCAUCUGCCUUUAUCAAUUUACGCGUAACUAUGGCAUCAGAUGACCACUCCAUUUCCAGCAACGAUAGCAGCACAGAUGAAACUUUGGGAGAGGUUCGCACGCUGUUCGUUAGUGGCCUACCAAUGGACGUGAAGCCUAGAGAAAUUUAUUUAUUAUUUCGAAGUUUUCCGGGGUAUCAAGGCUCGUUAUUAAAGAUUACAGGAAAAGAGGGAAAAAAGACCUCGCCAGUUGCUUUCGUGACGUUUGGCUCAAGGGUUCAAGGAGAGACGGCAAAGAGCGCACUCCAUGGGGUAAGGUUCGAUCCAGAGCUACCGACGACCCUGCGGAUAGAAUUCGCGAAAGCCAACACCAAAGUAGCCAAGCCGGUCGCUUUAAAGCCUCUUGUGUUCGGCAAAUUGGUCGGACCUUGUAUUCCCUCGCCUACCAUGCCAUACAGAGAACCUUAUGAAGUGAACGCCAUUAAUGCUUCGAUCUUUCAAACACCGGAAUCUCCAUGGGGUCACCAACCAACUCAUAUUUUUUCAAUCGAUGUAAAUGGGAAUCCAACAACACAUCACCUUCCAUUCGCACCACAAGGAUUAACGACGUUUGAGUUUCCGCCUCCUCAAGCUUUCAUGGCCAAUGGAUCACCCCUGGAACGUUUACCAACAUUAGGCCUUGCCUUGCCUCAUCCACAUUUGCAUUCACCCGUCUCACCGCAUGCACCGAAUCCUUUCAUAACGAACGCAAUGGGGCAAAUGGGACAACGCGUAGACGAUAACCCACCGUGUACCACACUGUUUGUAGCUAAUCUAGGAAGGAUGGCGACGGAGGAGGAGCUGAAACUUGUUUUCGCCGGAAUGCCCGGGUUUCGACGUUUGAAAGUCCUUCGUAACAAAAAGACCGCACCAGUAUGUUUUGUCGAAUUCAUUGACGUAAUUACGGCAAAUCAAGCCAAAGAACUGCUAAAUGGGUAUAUUCUUCGCUCGUCCGAAGCUGGAGGCAUGAGAAUAGAAUUUGCUAAAAAUAAAAUGGUAGGCGAGGGCAUGAUCAUAAUGACACCUUCAUCUCAUCCGCAGGGCAUGAUGAUAAUGUCACCUUCGUCUCCUCCGCAGGGUAUGAUGAUAAUGGCACCCCGCAAAGAAAUUAUGACUGAAAGCUGAGCUUUCUAUCGAUGUAUAUGUCACGUGACAUGUAAUUUAUCGACUCUAAUUUAUUGGACGUGUAAGCAGGUAACAUUUUAUUAUGAAUUUCUUUUAAUUUGAGAUAGUUAGAUUUUGAUUAAUUCGAUGUUUUGGCCAGCAUUCAGACGUCUGUAGAGGUUAACAUCGUUUAAAUAUGUCUUCUUUCCUACAAACGGGUGCUGAUUACCUUUUAGUUUGUUUGUAAAGAUUUUUUCCCAGUACGGCGUAUAUUCGACGAAAUUCUUUGCUGAAGGGCUGCAUUGCUUACAUUUCGGGUUUCUCAGCCCGCUCAAUUUUGCAGGCGUGCUGUGCUGUUUGUACCAUGCUCUGUUAUAUAUGUUUUUGCAAGCUAUGGGUGCUUAGUUUUCAACUGCUGCUCCUCAUCUAUAGUUGCUUUAGUCUUAUAAUCUAGCCUUCUUGAAACUUCAUAGCUGCCUUUUUCGAGCCUGCUCAACCUCAUCCAGGACACUUAUCUUAACUAAUCUUAACUAAUCUUACUUAAUCUUACCUAACAUUGCCUUAUCAUUCCUGAUCUUGAAGUUCACAAGCUAAUCUUGUCAAAUCUUGAAAUUUGAUUAUAUUAAUCCUACUUAACCUUGAAAAUUCCCUUACCUUAUAAUACCUAAUCUCAAAAAUUCAGGGUCUUCCGUAAUUUUAAAAAUUGUGUUCUACCUUUCCAAUGAACAAGUAGUGACGUGAAAGUAAAAUGAAAUUAAAAUGAUAUGAGUAGAGGCAGUUUCCCUCCCGUAUUUACUUUGGUGCGAUUUUCCAACAAAAUUUUAAACGUUUAAAAAAGGACAACUUAUAACCCGGUCCACAGAUGAAUUACAAAUAUUUUCUAUCUAUAUUCUCAAAUGCCUAUGAAAUUACAUAGCUUAGCUAAAUCGAAAAACACAUUUCUCAAAUCGAAUCCAGUUUCCAAAAAAUGUGUAACUUAAUCUAGAUUUUGAUAAGCCAAAAAAUAGACUCUAGUUCUUUAUGUUGUUCAAAGUAGAUGUGAAAAUUUGUCAAUCUGAUUUUUAAAUGGAGCACGACCCUGUUUGUUACUAUUUGUUUGUUAUUAAUAAUUUGAGAUUCAGUAGAAGGUCAAUUUUAGUGUCGUAGAUGAGCUGAUAGAAUGUUGGUGCCAGAACAAGAUUAAGAGCUGGAGCUUAGGACUAUUUUCUGAAUUAAGACAAAUUAGCUGGAUAGAUUUCAUAAAUUUGAAACUUUUAACAAAGUUGGCAUGCCUUACUUGGCUUUCUUUUCUAGAGUUUUGCAGCCUGUUUCCUUAAUGAAAAAUAUAAUAACAAAAAAAGAUAAACAAAAUAUUUUGUUUAUUCAGCAAGAAGUCUUAUUCAAUUGCUUUAUUAAGCUUCCCUUUCUGCUUGUACUCUGCCUCCAUUUUUAUAAUAUGUCUCAAGAGUGCAUCGACGUUAUCUGAUAUUUCGAUUUACCCACCCCCUAUUUCGUGUAUGCACCCCCCUGUUCUAGUGCCAACAUUACCUUAAAGCUAUUACUUUUUCGAUUACUGCUUAAGCUGUAUAUUGGUCAAAAUCAUUAAUGGUUGCUCACGUGACAUAACCAUGUUUUCCUUAUAUGGUCAGCACAAAUAUCAAUCGCUCGCUAGUUACAUUCAAUUCAAUUAAACUGCAACCGAUCAUCAUCAGACAUUCUGUACACGUGUAUCAGACAUUCUUGAAAUUCUUUGCAAACAUGUGAAGCAUUUCAAACUACGUGAUUUAGAUGUCCAUGAAAAGAUCUAACUUGGAACGUCAUCGAUGCCAAAUAAAGAAUUGUUCAAAAAACUCACAUAAUCCAGUAUAGAUUACUUUAAUUAAGAAGAAUAUCCGGAGAAUAGCUACUCCUCCCAUUAAAGAAACAUUUCACUGAUAAACAAAUUUGUUUGUAUUUUGCUAAAGUUUGCUACUAGAUCCCAGGCUCUUAUUUUAUGAAGGUCACGUGAGCAUCCUUUUUAUUUAAUUUGCUUAGGAUUUUUAAUAUUCUCCUUUUUAUUCAAAUAUUAUCCGAUUGAAGAUAUUUCCAAAUCGUAAUUUAUUGCUGAAACUAGUGUAAUAGUGUAUGUAAAUCUGCUUUGGCUUUUCUUAUUACUCAAUUAAACAAUCGAAUUUUCAACUUGAAAAUAGAA